GCUGGUCGUCUAUUGUCACUCGCGUGUAUUUGGCGUAUAUUUUUAUAAUAACUACGAGGAUAUUCCAUCACUAUUUCUCAGAAACUUUAUCACAACACUACAGAUACGCAUCGACGAUCGCAUACGUAUAUUUAUUCAUUGUAUCUGAUUGUGAAUAAGAUAUUGAGUUCAAGAAUCCACGAAGUUCUGGGCCAGUAGCAUUUGUGUGUCCUCGGUGGAUAAGUGAAUGACAUGAGGCUGUGUUGUGCGCGGCUUGUUGAGUGAGAGAAAUGUGUCGCCGAGUGAAUUACUACAAAUUGCUCAACAGCUAAUAGCCGCAAAAUUACUGUUAUGCUUCUGUGAUCCUAUUACAAUGCCUCCGUAUUUGAUGAUACUACCAUGCCUACUGGGGUUACUAGUUAUGUUUACAGGCACAUCAUUUGCCCACGAUGUUAAGGGAGUAACGUAUUGCGAGUUUUACAAUGAGUCUAUGUGUGUGGACCAGCAAAAAAACUGUUUUAAACAAGAAGAAUGUAGUCCCCAAGAAUCUGAAAAACGUAAUCACUGCUAUGUACUUUGGGAAAGAAAUAGUACUACUGGACAGACUAAUAUUAAAUUAAAGGGAUGCUUCUUAGAUAAUAAGGAUUGCUAUGACAAAGCGCAAUGCAUUGAAAAGAGAAACGAACGAACAAAAUUGUUUUUUUGUUGCUGCGAUGGAAACAUGUGUAAUCAAAAUUAUACAUGGGAUCCUACGCAAUCACCUCUACAGACCGAUGAUGAUCACCCAGACGGAGAACGUGAACCAGUUCCAGUAAACGAUGAACAGCAUUACAUUACUAUUGUUGUAUCGGUCUCUAUUCCGAUGUUAUUACUUGCAUUCAUCCUACUCAGCUUAUACUGGUUUUAUCGACAACGUAAACUAACCUACUUCAACGAGGUGCCGACAUUAGAGCCUUUGCCAUUACCACAACCUUCCCCAAAUUUGGGUCUACGGCCAAUUCAACUCUUAGAAAUCAAAGCUCGCGGUCGUUUUGGGGCUGUGUGGAAAGCACAGCUGAAAAAUGAUGUUGUUGCUGUCAAAGUUUUUCCCAUCCAAGAUAAACAAUCUUGGCAGUCGGAGCAAGAAAUAUUUAAACUGGCGCAUAUGGAUCAUGAAGACAUAUUACGCUAUAUAGGAGUUGAAAAGCGAGGGGACAACCUUCAAGCUGAAUUUUGGCUAAUAACUGCGUAUCAUGAGAAAGGAUCGCUAUGUGACUUCCUUAAGGCUAAUGUUGUCACAUGGCCUGAAAUGUGCAAAAUUGCAGAGUCUAUGGCAAGGGGCCUAAUGCAUCUGCACGAGGAAAUACCAGCAAAUAAAGCUGAUGGAUACAAGCCAGCAGUCGCACAUCGUGAUUUUAAAUCGAAAAAUGUUCUCCUCAAAGCUGACAUGAGUGCCUGUAUAGCUGACUUUGGGUUAGCUUUAAUCUUUCAUCCUGGGAAGCCAUGCGGCGAUACGCACGGACAGGUAGAGAUAGUUGGUACCAGACGUUAUAUGGCACCCGAGGUACUGGAAGGUGCAAUUAACUUUACCCGUGAUUCUUUUCUGCGGAUCGAUAUGUAUGCUUGCGGAUUGGUACUGUGGGAAUUAGCAUCGAGAUGUACUGUCCAAGAUGGUCCCAUUGGAGAAUACAGACUUCCUUUUGAGGAGGAAGUUGGCCUUCACCCAACAUUAGAAGACAUGCAAGAAAGCGUUGUUGUUAAGAAGGAACGCCCCCUCAUAUUAGAAACAUGGCGAAAGCACCCGGGUCUCUUAUCACUCUGUGAUACAAUGGAAGAGUGUUGGGAUCAUGAUGCUGAAGCUCGAUUGUCGGCAUCGUGCGUUAUGGAGAGAGUUGUUACUCUAGGCAGAACGUUACAUCUUAACUCAUCUACUUUGAUACGCAUGGACCACAACAAUGAGUCUCUUACCACCAAGGAAUCUAGUAUGUAGUUAGUUUGUAUGUAUAUUAGCUGUAGCCACACAGCACAACAACCGCUUCCCGUUCUACAUUGCUUUAUGUGCCAAUCGGGAGCAAUCGUAAUCAUGAGGUCAAUUUUUAUUUAAUAUUUGGCAACAAUACACAUUUGGGACACAUCUUCACAAUCAUUAAUAUAGC